CUGAAUUUGACCUGGAAUAAGCCUCUUGAAGUCCCUGUAUUACGCUCAAGUGUGAGAGGAUGAAGCAGCACAAGUAGCCAAUCAGUUCAUGUGCUGACAAGAAACAUACUGAUAGGCGGAGUGACACAGGGAUAAACUCAUCACUUUGCUGCUUCUCCUUCAUUGUUUAGUCACUGGCGGAGGGAGGGGCCAUGGUAGCCUCAGAGAAAGUGGGUUGCAUUGUGCUUGCCGUCACCCAACCUGGAAGACUGAAUAUAUCUAGUGGCGGAAGGGACAACUCUAAAUUUAAGAUGAGUAUUGCCACAAGAGCUUCCCUUUUUUUUUUUUAGUUCAUCUUUUUUAAUGAGCUAAUAUUUUUUUACCUUAAUGGCUACGUUUUUUCUUUAAAGUAGAAAUUAUGCUUCUCCUUUCCUUUGAUUCUCUCUGCUUACAUUUUCCAGUAAGUCGCUUUAUGAAUAUCUGUUUUUUAUGUUUUUCCUAAGCACUGUGUACUUUGACAAUUCCAACAGCAGUUCUGAAUUCCCCGUAGCAGUGACGUCAUCCCACCAGAAUCCAAAGCUCCCUUCCUUGUCGAGGUGAAGAGUCCCGUCCACCAGCCGCAGAGAGAAGAAGGGGAUAAGGCGGAGCUUUGUGGUCACUUGACCGCUUAGAAAAAAACAAGCCCUCGGCAUGCUCUUCUGGCACAAGCACAACAUUGAGAAAUCCCUCGCUGACCUGCCCAACUUUACACCUUUCCCUGAUGAAUGGACAGUGGAAGACAAAGUUCUCUUUGAACAAGCAUUCAGUUUCCAUGGGAAGAGUUUCCAUAGGAUUCAACAAAUGCUUCCAGAUAAAACAAUAGCUAGCCUUGUGAAAUACUACUAUUCAUGGAAAAAAACACGAUCCCGGACAAGUUUAAUGGACAGACAGGCACGGAAGUUGGCCAGUAAAAACAACAAUGGAGAAAGUGAUGAAGAUGUGGAGCCUGCAAGUCCUAAGGAUGCAAAUGAUAGCGAUUAUGAUCCAAAAAAAGAAGCCAAGAAAGAGGCGACCCCGGACUCCUGUAUUCAGCCAGUAAAAGUUGCACUUGGCAGAAGAGAAUACCAAAGUUUGCAGCAUCGCCACCACUCUCAGCGGUCCAAGUGCCGACCUCCGAAGGGCAUGUUCAUAGGCAAAGAGGAUGUUGUAGCUGUGUCAUGUAGCCCCAAUGCCGCCAAUACUGUUCUUCGGCAACUGGACAUGGAACUAAUAUCAUUAAAACGUCAGGUUCAGAAUGCUAAGCAGAUAAACAGUGCACUUAAACAGAAGCUGGAUGGCGGAAUAGAGGAGUUCAAACCAGCAGAGUCAACUCAGAAAGUAAAUGCCCGCUGGACUACAGAAGAGCAGCUUCUUGCAGUGCAAGGUGUCCGCAAAUAUGGUAAAGAUUUUCAAGCUAUUGCAGAUGUAAUUGGCAACAAGACAGUGGGUCAAGUGAAGAACUUCUUUGUAAACUACAGGCGUCGGUUUAACUUAGAGGAGGUAUUGCAGGAAUGGGAAGCAGAACAAGGAACCCAGGCCUCUAAUGGUGAUGCCUCUGCUUUAGGGGAUGACACAAAAAACACUUCUCAUGUACCAUCAGGAAAGAGCACUGAUGAAGAGGAUGAGGUACAGAACAGCCAGACAGUUCCUCCAACCAGCCAGUCACCUCCAGAACAGUCCUCUCCCCCAGCACCAGCAGCUUCUGCGUCAGCCUUGAACCAGCCUCCACCUCUUCUUCGGCCCUCACUACCAGCUGCCCCAGCCCUACAUCGACAACCUCCACCUUUGCAGCAGCAGGCUCGCUUUGUCCAGCCAAGGCCCACCCUCAACCAGCCGCCUCCUCCUCUAAUCCGGCCUGCUAGCUCCUUGCCCCCUCGUCUUAACCCAAGGCCAGUCAUGACCACAAGCUCUGGUCCACAGCCUCCUUCUCUUAUCGGGAUUCAAACCGAACCACAGCAGACAAUGCAUUGAUUUUAUGCAGAUAGGUUCUCAGCUUAAAAAGGUGAACUUUUUAAUAAGCUAUUUUUGAGAGAGAAGAGUCAGUUUUGGAGCACCUGUCCAAAUUUUGACAAAUCCUCCUACCACUUCUAACAAAGAUCAUGACGUUUCAGAUGUUAAGGAUUUUUGUACCAUACACUAAACUGAUACAGAAUGUAAUGUAGCCUUUUUUAUAUACAUAGAGUCAGAUGUAAAUCUCUUGUACACCAAAGUGUGUGUUUUUUUUCCUUCCUAGAUUCAUCUGUUACUUGUUAUUAUGUGUUAUAUAUUCAUGCACUUUUUUGACUGACCAUAUUAUGCAAUAAUUCCCAAAUGAACUUGUGAAUGGUUAAGUGAUGUGCAAUGUGAAGAUUUAUAAAACAUAUCUGAUUGUGCUAACCAGUGUUAAAGUGAACCAUGCACAAAGAGAACAGAUGACCGUGUUGUCGCUAACCCAACAUCAAAGUGAACCUAUCACCUACAGAUAUUAGAGGUAUCCUCCAAGUCACAGCUGAAGAGAUGUCUUAGCUGCCCAUGGGAUUCUGUAUUUCAUCCAACUAGAACUGUAGUCCACCAAGUCAUAAUACUUAUUUAGAUGGCCUUGUUUCCUGUAAUAUGGUGUACUGACAGCACCAGUUCCUAAGAACUGCGAAAGUGCAGGCCAAGUUUUGUCACAUUGGCUAUUGGAGUCUGCACUGUACCUUGCAGUGGUGAAGACUGCAUAUAAUCAUGUAACAUGGAGUUACAGUAGUGUGCAGAAACACAUGUAAAAAGCAUCUGGCUAGGAUGAAUUACUUAAAUCUCAGAUUAAAGGAAAACUGAGGACUUUUACAAGUUAAGAAUUGUAUAAGUAGAAAUAUAUUAUGGAUUACAUUAAAGUUGAACUAUGGGCAAAACUUUUUUUCUCAUUUUGGAUAGAGCCAGGUAGGGUUAUAACGCGUCCAGAUUUUUAAAAAAUUUUUUGCCAUCCUGGUCCUAUUAGGGAGAUUUUCCUUCACUUUCUGUCCCAUCGCCAAAUAGGAAGUGAGAGGAAAUCCCGACAAAUGAAUGAAAUUACUAGGGGACCCCCAGGUCACCAAAACUAGUGUCUCUAUUGAAAGAUUUCCCCUUUAUUACUUUUCUGGGGAUUUUUGUUUUACUUUCACCUUCAAUGAUAAUGGAAAACAGGACAAAAAGAGAGGAUGAAUCUCCCUAAUGGAAGCACAGGCUGCAAUAAAAACAGACAGGGGUUCUAAUCCCUCUCC